UGCUAAGCAUUCGUUUGUGUGCUCUGCUUCAGUUAUUGGCACAGAAGGAAAGUUGAACUAAAACGAAUACUAUAAACAUCAUCAUUCCAUGUGAACUACGACACAUGAUUGCAGCUUGGAUUCCGGUUUACUUGUAUUUUUUAGAAGAAAAUCGAUAGCAAAGUUUGAAUGUUGGCUCGUUUGUGCAUCAUUUUAAUAUUCAUUUCGUUCGUCAUGUAUUAAUCAAAUUGAUAUUGCUAUUUUUUGCAGUGUUUUAACCAAUCAGUGAAACGGUUUUGUUUUUUUGUAGAACGUGUCAAACACAAUUUUAAACACGUAUUGAUGAUGCAUUUUUUUCGUGAAAUUUUGUUUCUUUCGUUCAUUUCGUUGACAUGUGCACAAUUUCAAACAACAUCAACAAUUAUCCAGCGAUGCGCUUACACAUUUUUGACUGAGAGUGCAAUUUGUGGUAGCUCCAAUUAUAUGCGAGAUAUAUCACGUGAAUUUCGUCCCGGUUGGAAGCAUAUCAAAGUGGUUGCAUAUACGGGCACAUUCUCGCUUGCAGAUACGGAUGGCAAUAAUGUAGGUUAUGUGGAAGAUUUGGAUUUGAGCCACAUUGGCGUAGUGAUCAUACCAAAUUCGGCCUUUGCUCCUUAUGCAUCGUUGAAACGUUUGAAUUCGGCAAAUGCAUCGAUUCGUGCCAUCGGUGACGGUUGGUUCAGCAGUAACAAUAACAUUUUGGAAUGGGAUCUAAGUCACAAUGAACUAGUUGAACUGAAACGAACACAAUUUCGACACUUGAAACAGCUACGCUUGUUGAAUUUGAUGGACAAUAAUAUUGGAACGAUUGAACAAAAUACAUUUGAAGAUCUCAAUCAGCUAACACAUUUGAAUUUACGAUUUAAUCGAAUACGAGCACUUGCACCGCUCGGCCGCCUGAAUCGAUUGAACGUUCUGGAUUUGGGUGAAAAUUCAAUAAAUGAGAUACCGAACAAUGUGUUUCGCAACAUGGGUGCACUGACAUUGCUGCAGCUCGAAGAAAAUGGCAUUUCAACGAUUCAAGAUGGUGCGUUCAUUGGUUUGAACAAUUUGAGAGAAUUGAAUUUAUCUAGCAACGGUAUGCGACAAAUAUCGACAAAUACAUUCCAGGGCCUGAGUCGAUUGCAUAUACUAGACUUGAGUGAAAAUGAUCUAAAUGAAAUCAAAAGCCAGGCAUUUCGUGAACUGCAAGCGCUGCUCAAUUUGAAUAUUUCCAGAAAUAUACUCACCAACUUGAACGAUCAAUCAUUCGUCGGUUUGACCAAAUUGCACACACUCAUACUGAAGAAUAACGCUCUGGUGAACAUACAAACCAACACAUUUGCCCACCUUCAAUCAAUAUUACGAUUGGACCUAAGUUCGAAUUCGUUGCGAUCCAUCGACGGCAAUAUAUUCGGAAGUCAAAUUCUUCCGUUGCAAAAACUUUUUCUACCAAAGAAUAGCAUUGCAAGUGUAGCAGUCGGAACAUUUGUUAGGGUGCCUUAUAUAGACUUUUUAUCAUUGGCUCAAAAUAAUAUCGUUUCGUUGCCUGAAAAUAUAUUUGAACCGCUGGUAAAUUUGCAACGAUUACACUUGCACAACAACAAAAUCGAAUGGAUACCACAGAAAACGUUUGAAGAUAUAAGCCAACUGACGGAGCUACAGAUAAAACAUAAUCGACUGACAUUUUUGCCAACAACAAAGAAAGCAUUCAACAAUUUGCAAAAGCUAUCGGUUGAGGGCAAUCCCUGGCAAUGUGCAUGUUUGACGGAAAUUUUUAAUUUUGUAGCACAACAGUCGCAACGUCGACGAAUCGAGUAUUAUAGUGCGAAUAAUCCAUUUUACUCGGGCUUAAAACCGUUAUGCUACGAACCACCCGUCAAACCGGCUGCACCAUGCGUUCGUGACAUUGACUUGGUGAGACAGUAUCGGGUGAUCGAAUUGUAUGAGAACGCUUUGCGCGGCUAAAACAAUCACUUUUGUAAGCAAGGACAUUUACCUUUUUCCUGUUAUACCCAUCCAUACUCAUGUCCUAGCCGAUUCCAAUACCUACCAAUGUCAAUAUGUUCCGCUGAUGUGUAGUAGGCGCAACCAUUAAAGUGUUCGCUCUUCCGAUGAAUUCACAUGCAUUAUUAUUUUCCAUUUAUUUUGCAUGGUCUUCCUUUUGCUUGUGCUUCUUCCAUGAUAUAUUUUAACAACGUCUGAAUAAUUGUAAGGAAUGUUUACUCUUCAUAAAUAAAAAGAAAUCAAAAUGUUUUUUUUUUUUGCUCUGUUGAUAAAAUAUUUAUUUUGAUUUCGUUCACAUUACGGCAUUUCACAUACAUGAUAUUAAUAAAUAGAACAUACUGUUAUUAUUGUAUAUAAGAAUUACUUAAAACAUUCAAAGCACAAUUAACAUUCAUAUAUCGAUUUAUACAGUAUUUCGUUUUGGAUGUCUCAUGUUCUGAUAUCGAAUCUGAGUUUGUUAUUGCUAUUUGUUGUGUGACAUUCUCACUUCUUGUCUUUGGUGUGAUUUGAAUAAUAAACGGAUUACGAGGGAAUGCUCUCUCUAAUUCACUUUGUCUGAAUUCGAGUAUAACA